AUGCAGCUUGUUCCGAGAGAGCUUGACAAGCUCACGAUCGUGCAUCUGGGGUUCCUGGCGCAGCGUCGUCUAGCGAGGGGUGUUAGGCUGAAUCAUGCUGAGGCUGUGCUCAUUCGCGAUGGCCACUACUCCGUCGCUGAUCUUAUGUCCAUCGGCAAGACGAUGCUAGGUCGCCGACACGUCCUGCCUUCCGUCGUGGCUACCCUGGUCGAGCUCCAGGUCGAGGGUACAUUCCCGACUGGUACGUACCUGGUCACGGUGCACCAUCCGAUUAGUAGUGAUGAGGGCGAUCUGGAGCGUGCGCUGUAUGGGAGUUUCUUGCCCGUUCCUCAGCGGGAAGCGUUCCCUGAUCCGGAUCCUGAGGAUUAUGUGCCUGAGAAGAUGCCUGGCGCCGUGAUUCCGGCUAAGCAUGCGCGGAUUGUGUUGAAUGAUGGGCGGAAACGAAUUCGGUUGAAGGUCAUGAGUAAGGGUGAUCGGCCGAUUCAGGUCGGAUCGCAUUAUCACUUCAUCGAGACGAAUCCUCAAUUGCACUUCGACCGCUUGCAAGCCUACGGCUUCCGCCUCGAUAUCCCCGCCGGCACAUCUAUCCGUUUCGAACCCGGAGACACCAAGACCGUUACCCUAGUCGAGAUCGCGGGCAACAAGAUUAUCCGCGGAGGCAAUUGGCUGGCCAACGGGCCCGUGGAUUUCAGUCGGGCUGAUGAGAUUGUCGCCAAGCUGCAGGCGGCCGGGUUCGCGCAUGUCCCGGAACCGACGGCGGAUAGCGCGCUGACUACCGGGUUCUCGAUGGAGCGUGAGGCGUACUCGCGCAUGUUUGGUCCUACGACGGGUGAUUUGGUGCGCCUGGGUUUGACCGACUUGUGGGUUCAGGUCGAGAAGGACAUGACCAGUUACGGUGAUGAGUGUACCUUUGGUGGAGGCAAGACUCUGCGAGAAGGUAUGGGACAGGCAUCUGGACGUUCGGCGGCGGAGUGCGUGGACACGGUGAUUACCAGUGCUUUAAUCAUCGACUAUACUGGCAUCUACAAGGCCGAUAUUGGUAUCAAGGAUGGUAUGAUUGUUGGUAUUGGAAAGUCUGGCAACCCGGAUGUCAUGGACGGAGUGCACCCGGACUUGGUGGUGGGCUCAUCUACGGAUGUGAUUGCUGGCGAGAACAAGAUUGUCACGGCUGGUGGUUUCGACACGCAUAUCCAUCUGAUUUGCCCGCAGCAAGUCGAUGAAGCGCUGGCAUCUGGUAUUACCACCUUCCUUGGCGGCGGUACCGGUCCCAGCACUGGUUCAAACGCAACGACUUGUACCCCGGGACCUUAUCACCUCAAGAACAUGAUGCAAGCCUGCGACAGCCUCCCCAUCAACAUCGGCAUUACGGGUAAAGGCAAUGAUUGUGGCGUUAUCAGCAUUGAAGAGCAGAUCAAGGCUGGCGCUGCCGGUCUCAAGCUCCACGAAGACUGGGGGUCUACUCCCGCAGCCAUUGACAACUGUCUGGCCGUCUGCGACGAAUACGACGUGCAAUGCAUGAUCCACACAGACACACUCAACGAAUCCGGUUUCGUCGAGCAAACAAUUGAAGCCUUCAAGGGCCGUACAAUCCACACCUAUCACACCGAAGGUGCCGGCGGCGGCCACGCUCCUGACAUUAUCUCAGUCGUUGAGCACCCGAACGUCCUCCCCAGCAGCACAAACCCAACCCGUCCCUUCACCCUCAACACACUCGACGAACACCUCGACAUGCUAAUGGUCUGCCACCAUCUAUCCAAGAACAUCCCCGAAGACGUCGCCUUCGCGGAGAGCCGCAUCCGCGCCGAGACCAUCGCCGCCGAAGACGUCCUGCACGACAUCGGCGCAAUCAGCAUGAUGUCCUCCGACUCACAGGCCAUGGGCCGCUGCGGCGAAGUCAUCCUGCGCACCUGGCACACCGCGCACAAGAAUAAGGUGCAGCGUGGAAAGCUUGAGCAGGACCAGGACUCGGAUAAUGAUAAUUUCCGGGUGAAGCGGUAUAUUAGCAAGUAUACGAUUAAUCCGGCGCUGGCGCAGGGUAUGGCUCAUCUUAUUGGGAGUGUGGAGGUGGGCAAGGUUGCGGAUUUGGUGUUGUGGAAGCCUAGCAAUUUUGGUACGAAGCCGGUGCAGGUGUUGAAGAGUGGGAUGAUUGCUGUUGCAGAGAUGGGUGAUCCUAACGCUUCGAUCCCGACUAUCGAGCCGAUGAUUGUUCGACCCAUGUUCGGUGCCCGUCUGCCGAGUACUUCGAUCAUGUUCGUCUCGCAGGCUUCUAUCGACAAUGGCACUGUGCAGAGCUAUGGUCUGCGCAAGCGCAUCGAGGCCGUUAAGGGAUGCCGUACUGUUGGCAAGAAGGAUAUGAAGUUCAACGAUGCGAUGCCCAAGAUGAAGGUUGAUCCGGAGAGUUAUACCGUCGAGGCUGAUGGCAUGCUGUGUGACGCGGAGCCUGCAACCGAGUUACCGCUGACACAGGCGUACUACAUCUUCUAA